CGAAGAUUGAGAAGAGCAGUUACGUUUAUGCUGGACGUUAGUAACUUAUGUGUAGACCACUAUGGACUUCUCCACAACAACCAGGGAUAUUUAAAGCCUUUGUCGUUUGGAGAUGAUGGUUUGAUUACACUGAUAUUUAGUAUAUAAAGCUGCCUGGCUCUGUACGUGGGGUUUUUGGAGGAGUGACUGCAAAGGUCUGGCUGACCCCUAUCAGGAUGGACUGUGAGAACUGGAUGUCCGCUUUACCCGAGGAGCUAUGGGACGUCCCGCUCACACACUUGGCCAUACCUGGAAGCCAUGAUGCCAUGAGCUACUGUCUGGACAUCAACUCUCCUCUGGUCCAGUCUGAAUCAGACUGUUUCAGGGUCCUGGAUGCACUCUGCUGCUGCUUCACAAGACACGUCAUCUUCAAAUGGGCCACAACUCAGGACAAAAGCAUUGAGGACCAACUCUCUUUGGGCAUCCGAUACUUUGACCUGAGGAUUGCUCACAAACAAAACGACCCCAGUCCUGACCUAUAUUUCACCCAUGUACUGUAUACACACCUCACUGUCCUGGAAACUCUGAGGUCAGUUGCUGGAUGGCUUAAAUCUCACCCAAAUGAAGUGGUCAUUCUCGAAUGUAGCCAUUUCGAGGGGCUCAGUGAAGAACUGCAUGAAGCCUUUAUUUUUUCCAUUAAGAAAAUAUUUCAAUCCAAACUCUGCCCAAAAAAGGAGGCAGAUAUCUCUUUGAGGAAUCUUUGGACAUCUGGAUACCAAGUUAUUCUGUCCUAUGAAGACCAAAUCGCAGCAAGACACCCUGAGCUGUGGCCGGGCACCCCGUACUGGUGGGCCAAUAAGAAAACCGCAACAGAAGUCAUAAGCUACUUGGACUGGAAGAAAGAGCUAGGACGGCCAGAGGGUUUCUUUGUGUCUGGCCUAAACCUGACGGCUGACAGGUAUUACAUCACCACUCACAUGAGGGACUCGCUGCGCACCUUGACUCUGAAGAACUGGGAGUGCCUGAGGUCCUGGCUGGAAGAACAGGUUCCUGGAUCUCAGCACCAAAGUUUAAACAUAAUCGCUGGGGACUUUGUUGGCCCCAUCCCCCUCUGCCCAGUCAUUAUAAGGCUUAACAAAAAGCUACUCAGAAAAAACAACAAAAAUGGCAUUCACUAG